AUGGCCUCUCGCGGCGUCCAGGUUGCCUUGUGGCCAUCUGCCUCGUCCGCGCUCAAGCAACUGUCACGGCGGUCCGCCUCAUCGUCCACAUCCUCUCUGGUUGCUAGUGCGCUGCGCACCCAACCCUACUCUUCGUUUGCCUCAUACCGUCCUUCGCUUUCAGCAACUUCUCGCACGCCACUCUUCCAUAGCCAGUCCAUCUCCCGCCAAAGCCGCGCCGCCAGCAGCGUUUCGCAUAACUUGCUUGCCAAUCUGGAAAAGACAGCCAACAACAACCCUCAAAGUGCAACUGCCCAGAACGCCUUUUACUCUGCUCUACUCCGCGCCGGUCACCACGAUAUCCUGGUUGAACGCUACGACUCCGGUCGUUAUGCUACAAGUCCCUCUGUCGAUUCGCUCUACUCCCGUGCCAUAGAAAAAGUCGGUCAAUCAGAAUCUGGUUCUGGCGCCCAUUCGGACGAAACUGCCCAUGCUGCCGGCCAGGCUGUGGCUUCCACUGGUCGCGGUGGUAACAUCUCCGUCUCCCGUAAAGGCAGUGGUGCUAAGAAAGAACCCCUUUACGUUGUCGUUGACGAGUCCCUCGGUUCCACUAUCUUCAAAUGGGUCAAAUUCUUGAUGGUUUUUGGUGUCACUUGCUACCUCUCUCUGGUUCUUCUUACGCUCUUCAUCGAUGCCACUGGUGUCAUUAAGAAGGUUGGUGGAGCCCAGGAUGCCCAGGCAAAGCCAGAAAUGCAAAAGACUCGCUUCUCCGACGUCCACGGCUGCGACGAGGCAAAGGAAGAACUCCAGGAACUCGUCGAAUUCCUCAAGGCUCCCGAUAAGUUCUCGACUCUUGGUGGAAAGCUGCCCAAGGGUGUUCUUCUCACUGGUCCUCCCGGUACUGGUAAAACUCUCCUUGCUCGCGCUGUGGCCGGAGAGGCUGGUGUCCCAUUCUUCUAUAUGUCUGGCUCUGAAUUUGACGAGGUUUACGUUGGUGUCGGUGCAAAGCGUGUUCGCGAUUUGUUCACUCAAGCCCGUGGAAAGUCGCCCGCUAUCAUCUUCAUUGACGAACUUGAUGCUAUUGGCAGUAAGCGUCAUGAACGUGAUGCUGCAUACGCGAAGCAAACCCUGAACCAACUGCUUACUGAGCUCGAUGGCUUUGACCAAGAUACUGGCGUUAUUAUCAUUGGCGCUACCAACUUCCCUCAAUCGCUCGACAAGGCUUUGACCAGACCUGGACGUUUCGACCGCAAUGUCGUCGUUGGAUUGCCCGACGUCCGUGGCCGUAUCGCCAUUCUCAAGCAUCAUCUCAAGAACAUUCGUAUCGAUGGCGAAGUUGACUCUUCCGUUCUCGCACGUGGUACUCCUGGAUUCAGUGGUGCCGAACUCGAAAACAUUGUUAAUCAGGCUGCUGUUCGCGCGUCCAAAAACAAGGCCAAGCGUGUGACCAUGGAUGAUCUGACCUGGGCCAAGGACAAGGUUCUUAUGGGUGCCGAACGUCGUUCUGCUGUCAUCCAGCAAAAGGACAAGGUCAUGACUGCAUACCAUGAAGGUGGUCACGCUCUUGUAGCCAUGCUCACAAAGGAAACAACCCCCCUCUACAAGGCUACUAUCAUGCCUCGUGGUCACGCUCUUGGUCUCACUCAAAUGCUCCCCGAACUCGACAAGGUUUCUGAGACCAGAGCAGAAAUGAUGGCUCAAAUUGAUGUCUGCAUGGGUGGCAAGGUUGCCGAGGAACUCAUCUACGGACCUGACCAAGUUACCACUGGUGCAUCUUCUGACAUCCAGUCUGCCACUCGUAUCGCCCAUAUGAUGGUGACACAAGCUGGCAUGUCGGAAAAACUCGGCAACGUGGACCUUCGAUCUGACUACGAUAGUCUUUCAUCUCAAACAAAGCAGCUCAUUGAAAGCGAAGUUCGCAGACUCGUAGAAGAAGGUCGCGCACGCGCCACGAAACUCUUGCACGACAACCGCGAAGGACUUGAACGUCUAGCGAAUGCGCUCGUCAAAUACGAGACGUUGUCCAAAGAGGAGAUGGAAGCAGCAGUGCGAGGAGAGGAAUUGUCACCGAAGAAACCAAUGGCGGAUCCAGAUGUUCCCGUUAAGAACGUUCCUGAAUUCCCUUUACCACCGACUUUCGGAGUGCCGCCUUCAAUAGGUGGCAGCAGUGGUCCAGGNGGUGUUCCCAGCCCUCGACCUGCUCCUGGUGGCAAUGAGGACGGGCCUUCUCCUUACCCGACCGGUCCUUAG